AUGGGUAUUCAUGGAAUUUACAAAGAGAUCGGGCCUGGUGAACGCAUCGCCGUGAGCAAGCUCGCUGCUGAACAUUACAUCCAACACUCUCGCCCCUUUCGUCUUGCCAUCGAUAUCAGCAUCUGGCUGUUCCAGAUCCAAUCCGGUAAAGGCGGCACCAACCCUGCACUUCGAACCUUCUACUACCGCCUUCUCCGCCUGCUCUCACUUAACAUCCACCCACUAUUUGUCUUCGAUGGUCCUAAUAAGCCCACCUGGAAACGAAACAAGAAGGUCGGAGGUCCCAACGUCCGUGUAUCGAGCGUCCCGGAGUUUCUCGCCAAACAGCUUCUGAAGCACUUCGGCUUUCCUCUACACUAUGCGCCUGGUGAGGCUGAGGCCGAAUGCGCCCUUCUCCAAAGAGAGGGAAUAGUAGAUGCCGUUCUCAGUGAGGAUGUGGACACACUCAUGUUCGGUAGUGGCAUGACGUUGCGUAGCUGGACUCCAGAAAAGCAGACCAGCAAGACACCCACUCAUGUGAACGUCUACCGAGCCGACGCGACCAAGAGCACGAGUGGCUUGGACCGCAAUGGCAUGAUUCUCGUCGCCAUGAUGAGUGGAGGUGAUUAUAUCACAGAGGGCAUUCCAGGAUGCGGUCCCAAGCUAGCCUGCGAGGCUGCAAGAGCUGGAUUUGGAGAUUCAUUGUGCAGUCUCGAUAAGAGGGAUACUGAGGGUCUGCAUGCUUGGAGAGAAAAACUGCGCCACGAGAUUCGCACCAAUGACAGCAAGCACUUCCGCCAGAAACGACCUGGUCUGACCAUUCCGGACUCUUUUCCCGACCAGAAAGUUCUCAGAUAUUACACCCAUCCAUGCAUCUCGGCCCCUGAUAAGAUCGCCAAGCUCAAGGACACUCUGGUGUGGGAUUCGCCCCUCGACUAUCCGAGUCUCAGGGACUUUGCAGGCGAUGCUUUCGACUGGCGUUGCAUUGGUGGCGCCAAAAAGUUCAUUCGAAAUCUGGCACCUGCAGUUCUGGUCAGAGAGCUCAGAAUGCGCGGUGAAACCUGUGGAAACAGUUCAGAUGGAAUCUCAGCACAGCAAGCUCGAGAAUCGUCCAUGAUUAAUGCUAUCCACGGUAAACGGCUACACCCAACCACGGACAACAUCCCAGAGCUCCGAGUCAGUUUCAAGCCAAUCGAAUUGAUUGACAUCGACCUCAGCACCGAAGAUCCUGACGAGGAAGAGCCCGAAGAUGAAGAGGACUCGGAUUCGGAACCAUCACCAGCGGAGGACGGCGAAUGCCCGGGGUCUCCCAAGAAGAAGCGAGGCCCCUCUACGUACGAUCCUACAGUUCACGAAAAGGUCUGGCUUCUUGAUACAUUUGUGCGACUCGGAGCGCCGCUUAAAGUCCAAGACUGGGAGGCUGGUCCUGGUGCUCCCAAAUCGAAGCCUGUACCACGACCUCGCAAGCCCACAAACAACGAAACCACUGCCAGCCGCAACACUGUCGCUGCAAAGAAGACGGGCGGUAUGCAGAGAGGCGCCCUCGAUCAAUUCACAAAGGCCACAAAGCCAGGCGUUGAUCGAACAGCACACUCCAAGACCGUGUAUCCUGAAUGUGACGAGCUGGACUUGACCAAGAUCGAUGCAAUUGCAAAGAGUAACGCUUCGAAUGGGAAGGUGGCACAUCAGGCCAAUCCUUUCAGAACCAGAGCUCCUGUGACUGAGGUAGAUCUCAGUGGGAUCGGUGGAGAGACGGUACUUUCUAUCCCUGAGAUGGAUCUCAGCCUCGAAGCAGUCGUCCCUCAGAAGCGAUCGUCGAAACGCUCCUCGCCUGAGCCUGUUUCUCCUGCAAGGAGAGCCCGUCCAAGGAUAUUCUCACCUGCUCGAAAUGUCUCUGGACCGCCAGAAGUUGUCGACCUUCUUUCUUCAUCUCCUGUGAAGCCAGCUUCGCCCGUACGAGUGACGAUGCAGAUCCCAGGUAUACGAGAUCAUUUCAAACAGUUCAGCAAACCGGCUGUACUUUCUCCGCGAGAAAAUGUCGAUGCUCUCGCACCCCUGCCUGACACUGUAACACGGAGGAGGAAGAGGUCGCCUUUGAAGCGAUACCAGACUGCUCCGACCGCUGGUGAAGACGACAUGGGCUCUCCGUCCCUACGCCCGUCCACCCCUCGAGGUCUCGAGAUAGAGGCUAUUGACUUGGCUUCGCCAGAAUCGCUCCCAAGUCUAGCGAGACUUGGCACGUUUCAAAGAGUAUCGGAGAAGAUUCGUCAAGCAGUCGCACAGACGACUAUGCCUACACCAAGCGCUCGGCAGACUACACGGAGAAUCGAAUCUUCGAUGACGGCGGAGCCAGCUGCAGCUCAAACAGAGGCCGAAGUGAUAGACUUCUCAUCAUCAAUGCCCACUCCACCCUACGAGCCGGAGCCACCAGGAGAAAAUGCAGCUUCCGAAAGGCCUGUCAUCUCAGCGUCCUCCUUAUUACCAGUCAACAGACGAUUGCGUGAUCGAAAGAUUGACAUAAUAGCCACCAAGACUACUGUGCUAGCCACAAAUUCUUCCUCGGCGCCUUUGCCCGUCCAAGUAGCGAGUAUAUCGACCUGUCAACCUGCGCCUGUGCAGUCAGUUCCUAUGACUGAACCCCUUCAAACGCAAGUGAAGAAGGUCAAGAAACGAUUCAUACAGCCUCGAGACAGUCUACCUGGCAAUUGGAAAGAAGUUGAAAUGGAGAUUGAUCUCACGGCACCCACCCCCAAAGAUCGCCGGGUGUACCGGAAGAGUGGCGUGGAAGAGUUGGACUUGACAGGUGACUGA